AUGAAAACCUCUCUACAACCCCUUUUAAUUCCACUAGCAAUACAUCUUUACAGUUUUUCAAUGAUUUUAGUGUCAGAUUUGUGUGGCAAGAAACAGUAUUUGCCCUUCACACAUCAAACAAAGAGAUCUGUGAAUUAUGAUAAAACAACAACGUUUACUGAUAGAUUUAUGAGAGAAGGAUGGUAUGGUAGUCAAGACUUUAUCAUUCCGUUUGUAAAACCGAAAAGAAGACAUUGUGGAGCUAUAUAUCCAAUCUUUCUACAACGUGAACCAGGUUUUGAAAAAGUUAUAGAAGAUGUUACAGCUUGCAUUCUUGAUUGUACAUACACAAUGUCGAUCAAGGCACUAAGAUGCUCUCCACGAUUAACCAUAUACAAAUUGACAAGACCGUUAAAUAGUAACGCUGCAUAUUGCCUAGAUGGAUUCGAAACCGGUACCGAACUAUUAGAUUUUGACACAAAUGUGACUAUUGAUACAAACAUAAGACUGGUUAAUGGUUCCGAAUAUGAAAAAGAAUUUAGUUUCAAAUGUUCUUUUCCCAAUCCAAAUCAGGAUUCACUCGUAUACAAGGCGACAUGGUUUGUUGAUGAUAUGAUGGUAUACGAGUCUUACUAUACUAAUUAUGACGAUUGUGAUGCAGUUAGAAGCUUGACUGAUACUAGGCUAAGGGACAGUAACAUCACUACACUCGGUUUUCAGCUUCACUGUAAUAUAAGAGCUGCUAAUAGUAUUAAUGGUAAGUGGAUGUCGAGUUUACCGUCAACUAGUAGAAAGAAGUUUAUCGGAAUGGAAGUUGAGAAUCCGGUUAUAAAUAUAAAAGAAGGAGAACAAACAACAAUAAAGAUUCGGUCCACAGUUCCUAUUGGUUGUUUUGAACCUGAGGGGUGUACAUUAACAGUAACUGCUGAUAUACCCCAGGAUGCGGACAAGAAAUGUGAACCUACUCCUACAGCUAAUGGUAUUAAUAUUGUCAAAGAUACAUCACUCAUUCAAGGCAAAACAUGUAAAAUGUACAGUGAUCCGUAUUUGGAGGAUUUCUACACACAUAUGGGAAAGUCUUCAUUUCAAAUGGAAGGUACAUUCUACUUAUUACAAAUGGAUAAUGUGGAGGUGCAAUUAACGGAUUGUGCUACAGUGGGAGGAGGGUCUUGUGUUUGUGGUGUCGUGGUAAGAGUAGGCAGAACUGCCUUUAUGAUCAACCACUGUAACCUAGAAAACUGGUACAUUGACUAUAUAUUAUGUGACGAUGGUGGUGAUAUUCUUGAUGUAAGAAAAAAAGAUGAAACGACGUUUGAGCUAUUUUUACCAACUGAUACAAAAAUAAGCAUCACUCAAAUUGAGAACUCCAAUAUCCACUGGUUGAAUAUUUAUAUAUACCCAUCAGUAAGAGAUAUCGGUAAAACAUCUGGUUUAUGUGGGGAAUUAACAGCCAACCCACCAUCCGUACAAUACGAUGACGCAUAUUUUAAGUCUUUCAGAGUUCGUGCAGACGUUAGCUUGUUUGACCCAGGAAACUGGAGAACCCUGCCAGAAUGGGCAUCUAAUAACACUGUAAGAUUCCAACAUUGUCGUUGUGAUGAGAGAGUAGCUGGUGGAAUAGACACAUCUCUGAACUGUAGUCCAGUACCAGGGGCGACAACCUGUUCUUCAGACACAGAUUAUACCUUGUUCCAUAAAAAAAAAUGUAUCAAUCCUUUACGAAAGAAAAGAUCACUUCCUCUAGGGUUGCAACCUCAAAUAUUACUCCACCGACGUCUCAGGCGGGAUGUAAGUUGGAAGAAUGGAUGGACUAUGGACAGUGCUAAUGAAUAUUGUUCUGGUCUGUUUAAUAAUUCUAUGGUUAUUAAGAGAUGUGAAGGUAUAAGAGGUAUUAAUAUUGAAGGGGCUAUAGAAACCUGUGUCAGUGAUAUACAGCUAAGUGGAACUGAUGUGUUUGCUCUCUCCGCCAUAUCGUCUGUCAGUUCUCAAUGUUUACGUGAAGCCAGAAUGAAUGGGACUUUACGAGAAAAAAAGGUGGAUAGCAAUAAAACUAUUCUGGAGUUGGUGAAAGAAGUUGCAUGUCCUGGAGAAUGUUCAGAUCAGGGUCUUUGUGAAAACGGUAAAUGUAUCUGUAACUCUGAGUUUAUUGGAUCCGACUGUUCAGUAUCACUCAAUGAACCACCAUUAGCCCACAAUCUAGAAGCUGAUGGACAUUGUGAUUUAUCACAAGACGAUUGUACUGAUGUGGCUGUUUUUGGUGGAAGAUUUGUAGAUGCUGAGCAGACCAAGUGUCAACUGUUACCAUUUGAGAUAAAGAACGACCAAGUUAUUAUCAGUGAAGAAAGAAUAAUACAGACAGCAGUAUUUGAGAGUAUUGGAGAAGUAACGUGUAAAUUACCAUCUAGAAAACGUAGAAGAAGAUCAGUAGAUGUACCAGUUAUUGAUGAAACUGUGACAGGUUAUAAAGUCUCCGUAUCUAAUAAUGGCCAGAACUACAGUCAACAGUUAAAUUUCAUCAUAUAUAAUACAGAAUGUAUAAACUGUAGUAUAGAUAACUCGGAUAAAAUGAACUGCUCAUUUUCGGUUAACUAUUGUAUUAUAGAUGCUAUAUGUUAUAGUAAUGGUUUAUUUCAAUCUAACUAUUGUAUUAUAGAUGCUAUAUGUUAUAGUAAUGGUUUAUUUCAGUCUAACUAUUGUAUUAUAGAUGCUAUAUGUUAUAGUAAUAGUUUAUUUCAGUCUAACUAUUGUAUUAUAGAUGCUAUAUGCUAUAGUAAUGGUUUAUUUCAAUCUAACUAUUGUAUUAUAGAUGCUAUAUAUUAUAGUAAUGGUUUAUUUCAGUCUAACUAUUGUAUUAUAGAUGCUAUAUGUUAUAGUAAUGGUUUAUUUCAAUCUAACUAUUGUAUUAUAGAUUCUAUAUAUUAUAGUAAUGGUUUAUUUCAAUCUAACUAUUGUAUUAUAGAUGCUAUAUGUUAUAGUAAUGGUUUAUUUCAGUCUAACUAUUGUAUUAUAGAUGCUAUAUGUUAUAGUAAUGGUUUAUUUCAGUCUAACUAUUGUAUUAUAGAUGCUAUAUGUUAUAGUAAUAGUUUAUUUCAGUCUAACUGUUGUAUUAUAGAUGCUAUAUGUUAUAGUAAUGGUUUAUUUCAAUCUAACUAUUGUAUAAUAGAUACUUUAUGUUAUAGUAAUGGUUUAUUUCAGUUUAACUAUUGUAUUAUAGAUGCUAUAUGUUAUAGUAAUGGUUUAUUUCAGUCUAACUAUUGUAUUAUAGAUGCUAUAUAUUAUAGUAAUGGUUUAUUUCAAUCUAACUAUUGUAUUAUAGAUGCUAUAUGUUAUAAUGCUAUAUGUUAUAGUAAUGGUUUAUAUCAGUCUAACUAUUGUAUUAUAGAUGCUAUAUGUUAUAGUAAUGGUUUAUUUCAGUCUAACUAUUGUAUUAUAGAAACUAUAUGUUAUAGUAAUGGUUUAUUUCAGUCCAACUAUUGUAUUAUAGAUGCUAUAUGUUAUAGUAAUGGUUUAUUUCAGCCUGACCAUUGUAUUAUGCAUAAUAGAUGCUAUGGUAAUGGUACGAUAUACAAUACUGGUGACAGAGAAUUUAUAUGUCGAGCUGACAGUAAUGUUAAAGCUUGGCAUCCCGAUGAGUCUGAUGUUCAAACACAAUCCACAACUCCAAGGAAUGAAUCGCCUACUUUUUUGUGCAUAGUUUUGAAUAUUUUUUGUAAUGAAUAG